AACCCUUUCCUCUAUUUCUUCUUCCUUCUCCUUUUUCUUCCUUCAAAAACCUCACAACCCCACAUUCUAAAUAUUGUGGGAAACCCAAAAACCCAAAAGAAAAAAGAAAAAAAGAUUGAACUUUGAAGGGAAGAAGAAGAAAACAGAGAAACCCAACAAAAAAGAAAGAAAGAAAAAAGAAUUACACAAAAGAGAAGAAAAAUUGAAAUGGUAGGUCCCAUUUCAACAGUUUAAUUCGGCCGCCCGAUUUGUCGUCUCUCUCGUCUCCGUCCACCACCGUCGUUUCUCCCCUUUCCUUUGCGUUUGACCAUCACAAACACGCCCCUCUCUUUGUACUUUGUCUUUCUUUUAAUUUUCUGUAUUAUCCUUGAUCUUCCCAGCCUCUCUGAGCGCUCUCUGUUCCCUUAUUUCUGAAACACCCGUCUCUUCAAUGUCCAGUGAACUCCAAACGAGGAAUCAAUCAGAAAAAGAGAGAGAAGAAGAAAACAGGGAAAAGGGUGUUGUCAACACACCACUACACAGAUUGAAGAACAAGAACUAGGGGGCCAAACCAAAACCCAAGUUGGGAUUGAGGAGUAGAAACCCAUUUUGCUUGAGGGUUUGGUUGCUUUCUCUGUUGUGUGUUGUGUUGCUUGCCAUGAGAAUCAAAGGGUUUUUGUGACUGGAGAUCACCCUUGUUUGAUUUUCUUUGGUUUUGGAUUUCUCUGUGGUUUGGGGGUUUGAGUGGAGAGGGGGAGAUGGCUGGUAGCAAUGAAGUCAACCUUAAUGAAUCUAAGAGGGUUGUUCCACUGAAUACAUGGGUGCUCAUCUCCAAUUUCAAGCUAGCAUACAACAUCCUCCGCCGCUCGGACGGGACCUUCAACCGAGAGUUGGCGGAGUUCCUCGAGCGUAAAGUCCCAGCCAAUGUGAUACCAGUUGACGGGGUUUUCUCAUUCGAUCAUGUCGAUCGAGCUUCCGGCCUUCUCAACCGUGUUUACCAGCUCGCCCCGGAGAAUGAGGCUCAAUGGGGCAUCAUUGAUCUUGAGAAGCCCCUGAGCAUGUCAAAAGUUGUUCCUGUCAUUCUGUUUUUCCAUGGUGGGAGCUUUGCUCAUUCAUCAGCCAACAGUGCUAUCUACGACACCUUUUGCCGCCGCAUUGUGAACAUCUGCAAGGCGGUUGUAGUCUCAGUUAACUACCGCCGAUCGCCCGAACACCGCUAUCCAUGUGCAUACGAAGAUGGCUGGGCUGCACUCAAAUGGGUUAAGUCGAAAACAUGGCUGCAAAGUGGGAAGGACUCUAAGGUUCAUGUGUAUUUGGCUGGAGAUAGUUCUGGUGGCAACAUUGCUCACCACGUUGCAGUGAGGGCAGCUGAAGAAGACGUCGAGGUAUUAGGCAAUAUCCUUCUCCACCCAAUGUUUGGGGGUGAAAAGAGGACCGAGUCGGAGAAGAAACUCGAUGGUAAAUACUUCGUAACCAUCCAAGACCGAGAUUGGUACUGGAGAGCAUAUCUCCCUGAAGGAGAAGACAGAGACCACCCAGCUUGCAACAUUUUUGGUCCCAAAGCCAAAAGCAUUGCAGAACUCGACUUCCCGAAAAGUCUAGUAGUUGUUGCCGGGCUGGAUCUGAUGCAAGACUGGCAACUCGCCUAUGUCCAAGGCCUAAAAGACUCCGGUCAUGACGUGAAGCUUCUCUUCCUCGAGCAGGCGACAAUCGGGUUCUACUUCUUGCCAAACAACCAACAUUUCUACUGUCUAAUGGAAGAGAUAAACAACUUCAUCAACCCUUAACUGUUAAUACAACUACUUUAACUUUACUACCUAAGAGAAAAAGAAAACAAAAAAAAAAAGAAAGAAAGAAGAAGAAGCUGCCACACCUAACAGAAGCUUUGACAUAUAUGACUUGGGUUUCUUUUCUCCCUUUUCCUUUGUAGUUAUAUAUCUAUAUAUAUGUUAUAWAUGAUAUAUAUAUUUACUUACAAUAUCACCACUUUCUGGUACUUAAUUAACAUCUUGGGAUUCUGCUUAUUUUGGUGCUGCUGCUGCUGCUUAUUGAUUAGUCAGGAGCUAAGUGGCCAAAUUUUAUAGAGCUGAGAUGAUGAGAAGAAUGAAGAGUUUGAAAGAGCAGAAAGUUGAGAUGGCCAAACCAGAAGCCCAAAAAGUUUGCCUUCCUGACUCUUCCAGCCAUCAAACCAAGUGAGUGUGUGAAGUGUAGGGGUAAAUUUUUGUUGGUUUUAUCAUAUGAAUCUUUUCGAGGAAGAAAGAAAAAAUGGGCAUUCUGAUUGAUGAUGAUGAAGCACUAAUUUUUCACAAACAAAGGCUUGGUUUAUGCUCCAAUCUUGUUUGUGUAUUGUAUGUUAUACUUGUGGAUUUAGAGCUAAAGUAUAAAGGGAUUUUGUUUGUCUACUCUUC